GUUAAGUACGUACUGGGACUCUCAUUUCUUGAACCCCCAGUUCCCUGGACUGCAGUUGAGGGGCUUCACUGCCCUUUACCACCGCUCAUGAUGCUCGAUUCACCAUUCAAAUUAUGACAUACCCCGCUUCCGCAUCAGCAACUGACCCUCACUUAGUGUCGUCUCGAGUUGCUCCCUCCUACAAUGUCCGCGAGGACGCAUGUGAAGCGGUUGAUUGUUUGUGUCGAUGCCGAAGAGUACAGCGGGGAAGAUGGAACUUCAGGCAACGGAAACUCUAGCAAUAUUUUCCGGAUCCAAAGCAUCGUCCCCAAAGGCCUCUCUAUCGACUCGCAAGGUCGAGCGGUCGAGCAGAUUGUUCGCUACUACCGCGCCGCUUCUGAUGGACCCAGUUUGAUCGAGAGGCUGAAGACCCGUGUGGCGACACCCUACUAUGAGGAUCAGAUCAAAUCCAUCUCUCGUGUUAUAUGCGAGACGCUCGAGGAACCACAGGAUGAGCUCUUCCUCUACGGCUUCGGACGAGGCGCUUUCAUUGUGCGCGCGGUGGCCGGACUGCUCGAUACCAUGUAUUUGCCCAAAAGCACGUCGCUGAGAUACUUCGACAGACUCUAUCAGACAGCGGUGGAUGUCUACAGAGCACGAAAGGAGGAUGAUAACAGGAAUGGGCCCAAGAUGAUCGAGUUCUUGCGAACACAUACAACCCGGCCACCGUUAAUACAAUUCGUUGGAGUCCUGGACACCGUGAAGUACACUGCCGAGGGCCACAUGCAUGACAUCUCUUUUGUCCCAUCCAUAAAGAACCUCCGACAAGCCUUGGCUCUGAAUGAAACACGCAGUCAAGUAAAUCCAGAGGUCUUCGAUCCACCUUCUGCUCAGGAUAUGACGGGGAGAAGUUUCGUUCAAGCAUGGUUCAUGGGGUCAAACCAAGACCUCGGAGGCGGCACUCGAGAGGAUGGCUUCUCCUUGUACCCUUUCCAAUGGCUUCUCAUCGAGAGCAUGCGAGCUGGACUCGUUCUUCAAUCCCCGCAGGAGGGGUCAUUGCCUGUUGAGAGAGAGAGCGCCCUGUCCCUGGCAUUUCCUCAGUACGCAGGCGAUGUGCCAAAGCUCGAUGGGAGUGAAAAGAUCGAAUGGCAAAUCUACCAUUCGAACGGCAUACAAGUCAGCCUCUACGAUCUGCAGACUCUGCAUGGAGGGUUUACCGAUGAUAACCAAACGCACAAUUUACAAAUCAAUUCUUCAAGUUCACUUUAUAACAGCUCGCGCAAAGUUUUCAAUUCAAGGGGAUUCAUCGGUUGGUGCGAUGAUGGCAGUUACGGAACGAUAAUCCACCCUUCAGUAUUUUGCGUCCUGGACAGAUAUCCGCGAUUCUACGAACAGUCUCGGUUCAAGUCCCUCAAGAAAGAUCUCGCCGAUUAUCGAGACCGUUACUUGCGGGAGGAAGGGGAAACAAUCCCUCCGUGGCUGGAAGGCCUAGAGCUGCAGGCGAGCGGUGUGAAGGCAUUCCGAAUACUGGUCUGUGGGAAGACGGGUGUGGGCAAGUCGACUUUGAUAAACAAAAUCUUUGGUGUUGAAAUGACCGAAGAGUCCGACAGCUACAAGCAAGGGAAUCACGACAUCAACGAAGCCUUUGAAUCUCCCAACAACCCUGGAUUGAUGAUUCAUGAUUCCAGAGGAUGGCAAGCCGGAAGCGACAGGGAGCUUGAGUUGAUUGCUAAAUUCCUCCGCCAUCGAGCAUUUCAGAAGGAUCCGGCUGAAGCGUUGCACGUAAUCUGGUUCUGCGUCGAUUCGGACGUCAGCCGUAUCGAGGAGGCCGAUAAGCGGACCUUUGAAACCAUUGCACAGUUUUCCAACCACGUCCCGGUCUUUGUGAUUGGGACGAAAAAGGAUAAGCUGAUCGCUUUCCGUAAGAUGCAAUUGCUGGAAAAGUACAUGGAACAGACUGGCAAUUACCCCGAGUCACAACGACUCGCCAACGAAGCAGCGGAUAAAUUGGCGGAGGAACAGUUUAUGGCACUCCGCCAGGAGCUCUCUCAAAUCAAGCAUUACAAGGCCGAUGGAUACUGCUGUCUAUCUAAGGAUGAUGAUCAAGGGGUCAAGAGACUUCUGACGCAGACCCUCGAUCUGAUUCAAGAUGAAAAGGUCCGAAUCUUCGCAGUCGCGGCACAAGUCGUCGAUGUCGAGCAAAAGAUUGACUCCGCAAUUACAGAAUGCAUGCGUCUGGGCCUCCACGCGGUCCGCACGGCCAUGGUCCCGCUACCGUUCUCGGGCGCGAUAGGCACGCCGACUGUUGCUCGAAUCCUGUGUCAGCAUGUCCUCCAAUGUUUUGGGUUCCCCAAGGCGUUGCCAGAUGAAGUAGAAGAAAUCAUGACACGGGUGGUCCUCGGCCAUCUCAAGAAGUUUAUGACCGUGACAAUCGCGGAAUUUGUCGGGGUUGGAGUGGUGACUGCAGGCGUCAUUGUCGGCACCAUGGGAGCUGGCGGAGCACUCGCGCUAUCACUAUGCAUCUUGGCAGCGCCUCCAACGGCGAGGAUGUUGUUCAAAUGUGCUUGCGACAUGAUCCUCAUCCUUGAGCGAGCAUUCCGGUACCAGGGCAAAUAUGUUUCGGUGAAGCAGAUCGAAGAUGCGGCCGUCUACUAUACAACAGCCAUGACGAAGACGUUUGCUGGCAAGGAGCUCCUGCUACAGAAGCAUGUUCAUGAUGAAGUCGAUCGGCUAAUACCUCUGACCAAGAUAUCCACGGCGACGAAAUUCAACAAACUUCGCUCGGGUCUCGAGGACAUUAUUUAUAAGAACCGAUUUCAGAAGUCUGGACCAGUGAAGGCAGACGACAGGCCAAACAUUCCAGAACUUGGUGGGCAGGUAAUUGCAGAGCUCGACGCAACAGCGAGUCCAGCUGAAUUGCCUGGUGGGAGGAGCCUGCCUGCUGAGCUUCCGGCUGAGGUGAAAAUCGCGUCGCCAGUCCACGAGAAAGAGGUGGUGCCAUCAGGUAUGGCGUCGGCCACUAGCACCACCACGACUACAGACGAUCUACUCAGCCUGGAAGAGAAGACGACGAUGUCGCAAACCCUCAGUGACCACAGCCAGUCAGUAACGCGACAGUCAACAUUGUCGCCCGCCACAGAGACAUCGGUGGAAAGGACCAAGAGUGAAGGCGUCUUCUCCAGAGGUACGCGAAAGUUGUCGGCCAAAUUGGGUCUGAGAAAGUCCAAGACCAUGCAGAUAUAGGCAGGAUAUGAAGGGUGAUAGAUGUGUAUACGACCAAAAUGAUACCCCUGGAGCGAGAUCAGGGGAGUUUUCCCCAAAC